AUGGAAAGUGAUUUAUCAUUAGAAGGUAAUUCCUUUGUUACGUUAUAUCCAGAUUUAGAAGAGCUUUCAUUAGAACAGCUAUACUGCAAUUUAUCCCUUUUGCAUGAUGAAAGAACAUUUAAUGAGAGCAACUUGCUGUGUAAUGUCACAUGGGACGGGUUGUCCUGUUGGCCUUCGACUUAUGCUGGUAAUACAGCGACAGUUCCAUGCUUUUCUGAAUUCAACGGCGUUCAAUACGAUGUUAGUGGUAAUGCCAGCCGAGAGUGUCUUCAAAACGCCAGUUGGUCGAGUUGGUCAAAUUAUCGCUCAUGCAAACCUCUAAUAAUUCCGGAAGACGACUACCUCAAGGUGUUGUGGGACAUGAGAGAGGCAGUUACUGUGUAUUAUGUCGGAUAUGGAUUGUCUCUAAUUGCAUUAACGCUUGCAUUGUGGAUUUUCAUUUAUUUUAAAGAUUUAAGAUGUUUGAGGAAUACCAUUCACGCAAACCUCAUGUUCACAUACCUGUUAUUAGACAUUACAUGGAUACUCACAGCUCGACUUCAGUCCAGUCAUAACUACAUCGCAAGCAGGGUGGCUUGCUUUUUGACCAUUUUCUUAACUUAUCUGAUGGGAACGAAUUUCUUUUGGAUGUUCGUCGAAGGACUCUAUCUUUUUAUAUUGGUGGUUAAAACCUUCUCUGUCGACAACAUAAAGAUUUAUAUUUAUGCAACAGUAGGAUGGGGUCUACCUGCUGUAAUAGCAGCAACGUGGGCGGGAACCAAAGCUCAUUUUGGCAACAAUAUUGAAGACGUUCUAGCUCCUCAAGGGUGUCCAUGGCAGAAGAGGGACUAUUACGACUAUAUUUUUAUUUGCCCAGUCAUACUUGUUUUAUUGGUAAAUAUUAUCUUUCUUCUGAAGAUUAUGUGGGUUCUCAUUACGAAAUUACGUGCUACAAAUACAGUUGAAUCUGAACAAUACAGGAAAGCGGCAAAAGCUUUGCUAGUUCUUAUACCCUUAUUAGGUGUGACAUACAUACUUGUUAUAGCCACGCCAAGUCAUCGUACUGGUGAAAUAGUUUUCACAUUCAUUCAAGCGACACUUCUUUCCAUACAGGGAUUCAUUGUAGCAGUUUUGUAUUGUUUCCUAAAUGGGGAAGUUCAAAACUCUGUGAAGCACCGACUAGAGCGGUGGAAAAUACGCAGAGCCAUCAACAAGGGUCAACAUCAAGCUCUGAAUUAUGGUACGUCACCUCAUAAUGAGAAAUUUUACCGUAACCGAGGUGUCAGAGAUAGUUGCAUCAGUUUUGCGACCUCAACCUCUUUUGUCAAUUUUCAAGGUGCGAGAUCGCCAUCGGUUCCUGCUGUCAACAGAUUAGACAUUUAUGUUCCUGUCAUUGAGGCACCUCCAGUCAAGGAUGAAACUGUUUGAAAAUAAAUCUUGUGCUACAUCACUUUUUAGCCAUCAACAAGGGUCAACAUCAAGCUCCGAAUUAUGGUACGUCACCUCACAAUUAAAAAUUUUACCGUAACCGAGGUGUCAGAGAUAGUUGGAUAAUGUUUGCGACUUCAACCUCUUUUGUCAAUUUUCAAGGUGCGAGAUCGCCAUUGGUUCCUGCUGUCAACGGAUUAGACAUUUAUGUUCCUGUCAUAGAAGCAUCUCCAGUCAAGGAUGAAACUGUUUGAAAAGAAAUCUCGAGCUACAUCACUUUUUGUAAAUUAUCAAAAGCAAGUUGGGAAAUAACCAUUAUGGCUGUCAAUAAGUUGCGCGUGCUGAAGAAAAAUGUAAAUGAUCAAGAAGGGAUAAGUUUGAAGCAAAAUCACCCCCAGAGAUCAGAUUAAAUCAUAUUUCAAGAAAUUUGUGAAAUUGCUGAAUUUCCGUUUUAAACUAUCUAGACAUUUAAGGGAGUCCAGGACACAUUAAAAAAAAAAAAAAACUUUAAACAAUUUAGAGUUUUGAAAUUUUUGCACUUAUUCACCAUAAGUUUAAUAAGCAAACCUAUAACAUAUUUUUUUUAUUUUAUUUAAAUUUAAUUAUUUUUUUUUUCUAAAAAAAUGGGAUUGCUUUAAAUCGUUAAAAUUCA